AUGCCAUCAUCCAGACCUCUCCUGAAGAGCGCUGGUGGAGGUCCGAUUCCCCCCGACUCGCUGGCGAUGAAUAUCCGGAUGUCCCAGCUCCCAAGCAGUCUGACCCUUCCCUUUCCGCAACCUCGGGCUCAAAGGGGCACGGAGUUCGCUCUGGGCCGGUGCUCUUCCAAACCACUUCGCAGACGGGCUGUGGCACGGCGGCGCAUUUCAAGAUGGAGGAGGGGGUGCAUCCGGUGA